AUGGAAUUAAUCGGCGAUAUGCCCCAACAAAAACAGAAUCGUGGUCUUUUGGGACACGGACAGCGGGAGUCAUUUCGUGAAAGGAGUGGUCCCGAAAUGCGGAAGCAAUGGGGAAUCAGAGGUGUUUCGUCGCCUGUCGCAGGCGGCUCGCUCGGCACGUCUCUUCUGAACUGGAAGCCGAACAGGAUGGCUUACCCAAACGCCACAUGGGGGAGAUGGACAUUCGUGUCAAAUCUGCAGGCAAAUUACUGGGAUUGCGGGAUCUUUGUGAUUGCAAAUGCCCUGGCCAUUAUCGAAUCAGCAGGUGAAUACUCCAAAAUCAAGGAGAAGUUGCAGAAUAAGCAGCGGGACCGAAGUAACACUCACGUCAAAUGCUUCACCGAUCUGCUCGGGCAAGCCUACCCCAACGCGACCUGGGGCCGAUGGACCUUCCAGUCGAAUCUACAGGCCAACUACUGGGACUUUGGCAUCUUCGCAAUUGCAAAUACCAUGGCGAUUAUCGAAUCGGCCGGCAACUACGCCAAAAUUAAGCAGAAGCUACAGAAUGUCGAGCCGACUGCCGCCUUUCGGUUGGUUUGUGUCAAACAAAUCCUCAAGCACUGUAUGGCCCUCAAGACGGGAGCCCUCAAGUUCGCCCCACCGGCGAAACUGCCUGCCCGAACAACUCCUACGCCCAUGUCAUCAGAAAAGGAGAACACCGCGUUUGGGAGGAAGAACGCGCCUGGUCCUGCUCCUGGUCCUGCACCUGGUUUUCUGGUCCUGGUCCUGGACCGACAGACAAGAGAAAUUCUCCCUACUUUUCGAAACAUGAAGAGGUUUAGGGUUUAG